AUGGGCACGAUUUCUCGUAAAAUCACCUCCGCCAGUCAGCAUUUACUGUACUUGGUCAGGGAAGAAAGAGCAUGUUCUCAGGACUCAGUAAGGCAUUUAGCCUUGGCGUUCAAGGUCUCACAACAACGAGAAAAAUGGUUAAACCAUUUUGCAUCUGCUCGAAGUAACGUCCUCCCAGAAGAAGUGGAAGGGACCGGUCACAAAGUGCACUACAGAAGUUUCAAGGUUGAUGUGCCGUACAAAUGUACUGUAUGUGAGAAGUUUCUAAAAGGGCUUUUUUUCCAAGGCUAUAAAUGUGAAAAUUGUGGAGGAAUACUGCACAAAGCUUGUAUAGCCAUGCGGCCAUGUGUUGGUCGACGUCACUUGUCUUCAGUUCCCCAAAGCAAUUCAUAUACGAACGGAUCUCAGGGACGGCAAAGUUUUUAUAGGUUGUCACCUGGUGAGCAAGUGAUCGCAUUAUCGCGAUCCGUAAUCGAGCCCGGGUUCUUGGUAUUUGAUAAGGAUGACGCCAUUGAAGUAGUUCAAUAUCACGGGGAUGGGAUGUUUACGGGGAUCCUACUGAAUGAUCGACAAAAUCCCGGUCUAGUCCAUAGUGAGCAUGUUCGCCGAGUCAGAACCAGCUUUGGGCAAGAUAUGACUUCUCCUCUAGAUAGCCCAGUUGGUUCGCAUAUUGAUCGUAAAGACUCAACGGUUCUUCCCAUGAAAGUCAUUGGUGACGUCAUGACAUCAACUCCUCAGCAAGACUAUGUGAACACUGAGGUCAGUCUGCAACCGUGGUACAUGGGGAACUUGGAGCGAUCUGAAUCGGAAGCGAAACUGCGAGGGACGCCAAAUGGAACGUUUCUCGUACGGUACAGCAGGAACCGGCGCAGCUAUGUGAUAAGUAUAAGUUAUGAAGGCGAAGUAAAACAUACGGUUGUCGAGAAAAGGGACAACAGUAUCUAUUAUCUGGACGAGGGAUACGUUUUCCAUAGCAUAGUGGAGUUGGUGAACUACUACAGAGAGAACAAUCUCUGCGAAAGCUUCAACUCUCUCAACACGACUCUAAAGAGCGCUUACCGGACGUGCAAGCUUUUCCGAGUUCUCCAUGACUUUGAUGCUACUGAACCGAAGUUCCUUACAUUACGUAAAGGUGAUCGCUUGACCCUUAUUGACGUGAUUGGUGAAGAUCGUGGAUGGUGGAAAGGUCAAAUAGCUGAUCGAAUCGGUUUUUUCCCCUUAAGCUACGUUGAGCCAUGGAGGGAAUGA